CCCCAAUUUCAACAUGACGAGGACCUAUGAUGAGGCUCUGGACACCUUCAGGUCGCGGGGAGCCAGGAGAUUCAAAACAAUCAUCACUUGAAUCAUCACUCCAAUGGCCACAUCCCAAACGGCAUGUUCAACGGUGCAUUCAAUGGAUUUAACCUCGCAGACAACACUGUUCCAAAUGGAUCACUUCAGUUAUCCAUCCAGGGGAAGAGUGUCUUUGAUACCGAUGCCGAUGAUGACAUUGUGCAGAUGGCAGCUCAGAGGGACCAACUCCGAGGGGCAAGGAAUAUCAGAGGCAUGAUGGCGCCUGUCAUGAGUAAAGAGGAGGAUCCAAGAAACAGAAGUGCAAACCGCCGCUUUCUUCUGACAAAGCAGCGAAGUGAGUCCAUGCUUGGAGACCAUGAAGAGUCUCAAGAGGAUGUGUUUCCGUCAAUGGACAACAGAGAAGAUGGUGAUCAGGGAGAUGUGGUUGGAACCAUGAACAGAAGAAGAGGUAUUAGGGAAAUGGGUGGGUUGAUCGGUGGAUUGGGAGGGGUUGGGCUGCGUCCAAAUGCAGACUAUCUGUCAGACCUUAACAGGCGAGGAGACAUUAUGGCUCAGUCGAUGAGGAGGCAGAGUCUGAAGGGCUCAAAGCAGAACCUGCUGGAGAGUGGAUUUGCAAAUUUUAGCUCAAAUGACAGUUCAAGAAUGAGCAUAGGGACUGUCAGUCCUGAGGAGUUUUUGAUAUUCAAAUCAGAAAAUGAUAAGUCUGCCAUGAUAGAGCAAGGUGCAGGAGCAGGCCUCAGAAAAGGACAACCUCGUUUCAUUCCAAACUCUCAUGAGGAUAUUCAGAUACUAAACCUUCAAGGGUUUAUGGAUGCUUCUUCCUUUGCAAAUGACCUUGGAAACUUGAGUAAGAGAAAACAAAGGAAAAAAAGGGGCAAAAGGGGUCUGGAAAAUGGUCAGAUUGAAAAAAUACGAGAUGGAUAUAAGCAGAGUUCCAGGCCGAGAAGAAAGCGAAGCCAUAGACUACCCAAGACUCAUAUGAGUGAUGAUGAUGAUGGAGAGUUGACUCUUAAAGACAUUGAUGACCUUGAUAACAAAGUGGCGGGGCUUGUCAUUGGCCCAAAACUGUAA